UUAAGCGGUCAUUCGUCACAAGGAGGCCGAUUUGCAGAAGAGUUCAAAAUCAUCUCUCUCCAUUUAGGUUUACCCUGGAUAUAUUCAUUCGUGUUUCUGACUCUGCCGUGGUUCGGAACCGUAAUCAUUGAGAAUGGAGCGUGGUCGUUUGAUUCUCAUCAUUGUCGGAAUCACCAUCCUGCUGGUGGCCAUCGUCGUCGCGAUCGCCGUUCCCGUGUCGCUGAAUAACAAGAGUAAGAGAGAUUCAGAUUUGGCCAGGCAGUAUAUGAGAGAGGUGCCUCUGAUAGACGGACACAACGAUUUACCUUGGCAACUAGUGAUUUAUGAAGACAACGAUUUGUCUCGCAUCGACCUCAACCAGCGUCCAACGUUUAACGUAACUCAUACAGACAUUCCUAGGCUCAGGGAAGGUUUAGUUGGAGCACAGUUUUGGGCGGCGUACACCUAUUGCACAUCACAAUAUAAAGAUGCUGUCGUGCACGCUAUCGCUCAGAUAGAUGUCAUCAAGAGGAUGGUACAGGAGUACCCAGAAGUCUUCGAAUUCGUCACAACUGCCCAAGGUAUAAGAGACGCCUUUGAGAACGGCAAGAUUGCUUCCCUUAUUGGAGUCGAGGGUGGUCAUAACAUCGAUAACAGUUUUGCAGUACUUCGCGCCUUCUAUGACCUUGGUACCAGAUACAUGACUAUAACACAUAGCUGCAAUACACCUUGGGCCGAUAACUGGAAGGAAGACUUUGAACCAGAAGACCAACAUAAUGGACUCAGCGAAUUUGGAAAGGACGUAAUUCGUGAGAUGAACCGUCUUGGCAUGCUCGUUGACCUCUCACACGUCUCUGUAGACACGAUGAAUGACGCUCUUGACGUAACCGAAGCACCGGUCAUCUUUAGCCACACCUCGGCAUACGCACUAUGCAACCACUACCGAAACGCACCAGACAGUGUCCUCAGGAGAGUGAAAGAAAAUAAAGGUAUUGUAAUGGUAAACUUCUACACGUUAUAUAUCAACUGCCCACCUAAUAAUGUUACGGCCGACCCUUCGUAUGCCACGCUGGCUCAAGUAGCAGAUCAUAUGGAUCAUAUAAAAGAAGUAUGUGGCUGGGAAUGCGUCGGGUUUGGCAGUGACUACGACGGGAUUGACACUGCCCCUGAGGGAUUAGAAGAUGCUUCCACGUUCCCUGCCCUAGUAACAGAACUCAUCCAGAGACAGUGGACUGAAGAAGAAAUAAAGGGCGCCCUCGGAAAUAACUUCCUUCGUGUCUUCGAAGAGGCGGAACAGGUUAGUCGAGAUCUUAAAGCAAAUGGGAUGAAACCUAAAGUGGCUACACUCCCAAGAGAUGAACCAGAUGAAGCAAAUAACGUUUGUCGCACCUACAUGUAUGGCACCUCCUUUUAUUGAUAGUUAUAUAUAGUUUGGGGUGUUUCAUUUGUUUUCUUUUCGAAGGAGGGGGCAUCUUCUUUGCUAUGGUCUUUUUAGAUGGUGAUAUAAACGAUGGUGGUGAUGAUGAUAAUGGUGAUGAUGAUGAUGAU